AUGGAUUUUGAAUAUAAAAAAGAAGAGGAGACUAUGGGGACAACUCUAAUUGCUGUUGAGACAAAGGAAGGAAUUAUUGUUGCAACAGAUUCUCGUACAAGUCAAGGCUCUUACAUUUCUUCCCGCGCUACAAACAAAAUUUCUACAAUUAGCGAUCAUAUUGUUGGGUUAAGAGCUGGGGUAGCUUCGCAAUCUCAAGCAAUUUUUGAUAUUGUAAAGUAUUAUGCUGAGGCACAUUCGUUAGUUUUUUUUAAUUAUAUAUUUUUUUUGCCCGGCAACUACAGGUUUAGGCCCAUAUAAGACUCGUUUCAGGCCUACAGCCAUGAAAAAUUUUUGUUGGGAAAAAUCCACACUCCUGGCUAUGGGCCUGACUUGUUUCGUAUUUAUUAGACUUCUUCCUCUU